CUGCUCAGUCGAUGAUCGCACACGUCCGUUUAUGUGCAUCGCUUCGAAGGAAUCGUGUAGUUUAUGUACAAAACUAGCGAGGGGUCAUUAAAAUCGGUGCUAAAUAGUGUUUCUUAGUGAGUGUGGUGCCUUAACUGUGUAUUUACGUGUACCGUUUUGGCGUAUUCGGUGCGGAUUUGUUGUGUACAAUCGAGAAAGGAUCUGAUGUGUUGCGUUUAAGUCGGAAAGGCUUGGGAAAUUAAGGGUAGGUUCGAUAAAAAAAACUUCUCCGUGAUAUCAGUGUGAGUUUACACUACAUUAAGUUAUUUGAUGUAACAAACAUAUUUCCCAAGUCUAUCCCGUGAUGUCAGUGGACUCUUAAAGGAUACAGCUUGGAAAUGAGUGAUAAGCGAUACAACAGUCUACCAAGGCUGACGCGGAGAGAUACAUGGAGGAAAAGAGGGCUGGACACAUGGUUCGGGCGGCCGAAGAAGGCCGGCGCCGGCAUCGACCGGGGCUACGACACCGUACCCCGGGGCGCCGAGCCGAGGACGGAAGACGAGGAGCCCAACGCGACCGCGGAGUACACCAGCAAGAUAGACGCCCUCGACGACAACCAGCUGCACAGACGAUUCGAGGAAAUGCUGUCCGACAUGAAUCUCAACGAGGAGAAAAAGGAGCCGCUCCGGAAAUAUUCGAGGGAUCAGAAAAAGAAGAUGCUCGUCGCCUACAAAUUCGUUAAUACUCAGGAAGGUCGCUCGAAGUUCGAGAAGCCCUCUGAUUACGUGGCCUAUCUGAACCAGCCCGAGCUGUCUGUCGGGAAACUCCACGGCUGCCUCGAGAACUUGAGGAUAUCCCUGACUAACAACCCUCUGUCCUGGAUCGAAGACUUCGGCACCAAGGGCAUCGAGAGUUUAUUGACUACCCUCAACUUGUGUUACACGAACGAUUCCCGUUACGACAGAGUCCAGUACGAGUGCAUAAGAUGUUUGUCGGCGAUCCUGAACAACACGGUCGGUAUUAGGACGAUGUUCGACUGCAGGGAGGCCCUGCCGGUCUUGGCGAGGAGUCUGGACGCCAGGAAGCCACAUUGCGCACUAGAGGCCGCCAAGGUGUUAGCGGCCAUAUGUCUGAUACCGAACGGGCACGAGAAGGUGCUGGAAGCCAUAACGAUGGCCGGCGAGUCCAGCAGGAAAGCUAGGUUCCUGCCCAUCGUCGAAGGACUGGAAAGCAAAAGCCCGGAGAGCUUGAAGAACGGCUGCAUGCAAUUGAUGAACGCCAUCAUAACGGAGCCCGAAGAGUUGGAGUUCAGGCUGCAUCUGAGGAGCGAGUUCAUGAGGACGGGCCUCUACGACCUCAUAGACGAACUGCGCGCCGGCGCUGAAGGCUCCCGCCUCAUACAAGUGAACGUGUUCGACUCGCACGCGUCCGCCGACCAGGACGAAUUCCUGGCGAAAUUCGACGACGUCAGGGUCGACUUCAACGAUUCGAACGAGUGCUUCGAGCUGGUGAAGAACCUGGUCAUAGAUACGCCGGCGGAGCCCUACCUGCUGUCCAUACUGCAGCACUUGCUGUUCAUAAGAGAUGACGAGUUGAUCAGGCCGGCCUACUACAAGCUGAUUGAGGAGUGCAUCACGCAGAUAGUCCUGCACAAGAACGGCUACGACCCAGACUUCAGGGCGACGCAGCGGUUCAACAUAGACGUGCAGCCGCUCAUCGACGGACUCAUAGAAAAAUCUCGAGCCGAAGAAGAGAAGAGGUUGGAGGAGUUGAAGUCGAAGCUGGAGGCGGCGAUCGCGGCCAGACAGGAGGCCGAGGCGAGGGCCGCCCACCUGGAGGAGAGGCUGAAGAGUACUGCCUCCCCCACCGCGCCCGGCGGCCUCUCGCAAGGGAACAUCGCCGCCAUUGCCAAGGCCAUAGGCAGUCCGGGGGGUCCCGCGCCUCCCCCGCCGCCGCCGAUGCCGGGGGGAGGCGGCCCCCCUCCCCCACCACCGCCCAUGCCGUCAGGUGGUGGACCACCGCCGCCUCCUCCGAUGCCCACAGCUGGCGGAGGCCCCCCUCCACCGCCACCCCUGCCGGGCAUGGGCCCCCCACCGCUCCCCAUGCCCGGGAUGGGCGGUCCCCCUCCUCCGCCCAUGCCGGGUAUGGGACCACGGCCGCCACCGCCUCCCGGGGGAUUUAUGGCACCGAGGAUGCCUCAACCCGACAUCCUCCCGCACGGUCUCAAGCCCAAAAAGAAAUGGGAGGUCGAGGGUCCGUUGAAGCGGGCCAACUGGAAGACGAUAACGCCGCAGAAGAUGUCUGAAAAAGCAUUCUGGGUCAACGUGCAGGAAGACAGAUUGGCAUCCCCCGACAUCCUGAGCGGCCUAUCGCAGAAGUUCUCAAGCAAACCGGUGGCCAAGAAGACCGAAGAUGCCGUGGAUAAGGCUCACACUCUGAAGAAAGUACGCGACCUGAAGGUUCUGGACAGCAAGGCGGCCCAGAACCUGUCGAUCCUGCUCGGCGGCUCGCUCAAGCACAUGUCGUACUCGCACAUACGCACGUGCGUGCUGCGCUGCGACACCACCGUGCUCACCGGGAACGUGCUGGAUCUGCUCAUACAGUACCUGCCGCCGGCGGACCAGAUGAAGAAGCUGGCUGAACUGAAGGGCAACAGCGAGGAGCUGACCGAAGCGGAACAGUUUGCGGCCACCGUGGCCGAUGUCAAGCGUCUCGUGCCCAGGCUGAGGAGUCUGGCCUUCAGGGAGCACUACGCCGAGAUCAUAUCCGAGAUCAAGCCGGACAUAGUGUCGGGCACGGCUGCCUGCGAGGAAGUGAAGUCUAGUCGAAAGUUCGCGAAGAUUCUGGAGCUGGUCUUACUGGUCGGAAACUACAUGAACACCGGAUCGAACAACGCGGGAGCUUACGGGUUCGAGAUCAGCUUCCUCACUAAGCUGACUGCGACCAAGGACUUGGAGAACAAGCAGACCCUGCUGCACUACCUGGUGGAGACCAUCGAGAACAAGUUCCCGGACGUUUUGAAUUUCUCCGAGGAGAUGCCGCACGUUGAUAGGGCAGCAAGAGUUUCGAUGGAGAACAUUCAGAAGUCCCUCAAGAAGAUGGAGAACGACAUAAAAGCCCUAGAGAUGGACCUCAACAAUUCGAGGGUCCAGCAAUGCCCCGACGACCUCUUCUAUGAGACAAUGAGCGGGUUCGCCAGCGAAGCCCGAGAGCAGUGCGACCUCCUCCACUCCAUGUUCCGGAAGAUGGAGUCGCUGUACGGCGGCCUGGCGGAGUACUACGUGUUCGAUCCGCAGAAGUACACCCUCGAGGAGUUCUUCUCGGACGUCAAGACCUUCAAGGAUUCCUUCAUGCACGCGCACCAGGAGAACGUGUUGGCGCGCGAGGGGGAGGCGCGGGCGCGCAGGGCGAGGGAGGCGCGCGCGGCGGCCGAGCAGGAGCGGCGCGACCGGCAGCACCGCUACAAGCAGUUCGUGGACAUGGAGCAGGCGCAGGACGGGGUCAUGGACAGUCUGAUGGAGGCGCUGCAAAGCGGAUCCGCCUUCAGCAGAGAGAGGCCUAGGAAGAAGGCCAACCCCCGCGUCGCUGGCGCUGAAAGAAGAGCUCAGCUGAGCAGGUCCAGAUCCAGGUCAGGCCUCACGGGAUCGAUGACUACAAGAGAAUUGACUAACGAAUUAUUAAGCAACGCGUGAUAACAAUUGCCAUCCGAACACCGAGUGAUAUUUAAUAAAAAAUUACAAUAAUAACAAUAAUAAUAUGUAUUAUUAAUAAAUCAUAAUUUUUAAACGCCAAGCUAGUUAAUUGUUAGUUUUGUAAGCGCAAUGAAAUGCGAAAUGUCAUUGGACAGCGAAGUGGUUAAAACGCUGCGUCUCGGUCGCGCAUCGUGCUAUCUCUCUCGCACGCGCUGCCUGACAUUUGGGAUGACACUAGAUGCAUAGAGAUUGUUUGUUUACUUACCUAUUCGCUAAUUAGCUUAUGGGCUAUUCCAGCUAUGCGCGAGUAGGUCGGCUCACGGGUACACCCUUAGAGAAUUUUUUAACACUAGCCUUAACAAGAGCAGUGAUUUGAUGAGUUUUUUUUUAAUCAUUUAUUUCAACUUAGAUGUCAGUAUGACACACUUGUUGAAUGUCAAAAUAUAAAUAACAAUGUUAACUCUACCACCGGUUCCAAAAAAAGCCACAGUCCUGAGAAGAACCGGCGAAACAAACUCAGCGGCCUUUUUUUUUGUUUUUUCUCAAAUAUUUUCUUUUUUUUAAAUAAAUAAAAAUAUUUACAAUAAAGGAAAAAACAAGUCAAAAAAUACAAUUAAAAAAUAAUAAUAAUAAUAAAAAUGAAUAGGCUAGGAGCGAACGCCUCAUUCCACAGUCUACCGCUGGAUCGGAAUCGCGACCCAUUGAGAAGAUCCGGCGAGUAACUCGGUGGCUAUGUCUAUCGGUACAUCGAGAUAUCGUCUGUGUUCAAUUCGGAUUAAUAAUGUACUGCUCUUGCUUGCCAGCUAGACGUUUGCGCGUUGGAGGGUUUUUGAAACAAACAAAAUAAAUUUAUAACUACCCUCGUGCCUUUUAAAUAAAUUGUUUAAAUCAUGCAAACCGGUUCAUAAAACUAUCAAACAAACAUACAAAUAGUUGUCCAAGUCACACUAAAAAAUCUAUGAAUUUCAACAAGUUUGUUUUUUUGUCGGUACUUAAUUCUUAUAAUAUGCGGGUAGGCAGUUUAUUGUUAAUGAAGUCAGGUGUUGUUACAUUGCGGCGUUUGGACGUGCCUUGUUGAAUUUAACGAUUUUUAGGAAUCAAUAGGAAUUUUUGAUGCAAAAAAAUUCGAUGAACACGUUGGUCAUUGUCAUUGUCAAUGACGAUCGCCGAAGCGACACAACAAAACGAUCGAUACGAUGCCUACUGAUACUUAAUAUUAAAAUUCCAGAUUGAAGCUGUGAUUUUUGUUGUUGUUUGUAUAAUAAUUCUGCUAACGAAUUAACGGCCUUAUUCUUUAUGUGUUAAGAUAGAAUUUUCGAUUACUUAGCGCUGUAGAUAUUUAUAUAUAGAUAUAUAAAUGUUCAGAAUAAGGAUAUCUCGUAUACGUAAUACGUAUUGCGGUAUUUCGUAUUGAUUAUACAAUAAAUUUAACUUUUAUAAUAUUAUACAUUGAGGAGCUUAACACGCCACAUUUAUCUUUUUAAUUAAAGGUGCGUUUUAUUUGGUAUAUUAGCAUCAACAGUUCGAUGUUUUUAAUUGAAUUUCAAUUAAGCUUACUCCAUUUAAAUAGCAGAAGAUAUAUUUUUAAAUGGCUAUCCUGUAAAGUUACAAAAAUUUUGCAACAAAUAGCAUUUCACCUCUCCAUAUAUAUUAUUAUGUAUUUAUAUAUAAGAGGUAUUAAUUAAUGUGAAUUUGCCGUAAUUUCUUUUCUCCUAACUCCGACAUGUUGUAACGGAAAUAUUUUGAACACAAAUUUCGAUACAGUUAUAAUAAUAUGAAAAUCGACGGUAGGGUUGUCGAUUGUAAUUUUUUUUUCUUCUAAAUAUAAAUAAUGAAAUUCACGUUAUAAAUAAUAUAUUUAAAAAAAACGGUUACAAAAUUUCAUAUGUGAUAUCCUCGUUUAGUCUUGUAUGACAGACAUCGAAUUUCGUAUUUACAUGAGGACCUUUGUACGACUGGCAACCCUGAAAUAGGCAUCGUCGUACGCGUCCGUGUUAAUUAAAUUGAAUAAUAAAAUAAAACUAAUAGUAUUCGUAUUAGUUUAAUAAACUAAUAUAACGCGACGUUAUACAGUUAACCUUCCUAUAACACGGUAGAUACAUUCCUACUAUGGAGGGUAGAGGUAAGUAUCUUAAGGUGGGUGGCGCAUUUACGUUGUAGAUGUCUAUGGGCUCCAGUAACCUCUCAACACCAGGUGGGCUGUGAGCUCGUCCACCCAUAUAAGCAAUAAAAAAAAUGAGUACUGCGUGGAACCGUGUUGUAAAAUACCGUGCUAUAAGAGAGUUACCUAUAUGCGUGUUUCGGACACUUUUUUUUUGUAGGAUCAACAAAUACAAAAAGGUAUACUAAAAAAAAUUAGGUUGUCUGUAAAGUCUGUUUACGGACGAUAGUAUUACGUGAUAACGUCAGUAGCAGAACUAUUCGAACUCCUAGCUCUGACGUCACGCGAGAAGAGAGAUAAACGCGUCACAAGCUAACGCUUGGGCCGCUUGGGCUCGCUUGCACGCUCACGCUCGGGCGGAACGUGACACUUUUUCAUGCGUGCAGUCGGUCUUCAUCGAUUUAAAAGACGUUAUCACGUCAAAAAAAAAAGCGUAUAUGCGAAAAUUAAAACUGUAUUUACGGUUUUUGUUUUCACGUUAAUUAUCGUCACUAAAUAUUUUGUUAUACGGUCGUUUCGAAUACACGAGUAUUUGUGGUCACUCCAGUGAUCGAUUCGGUCUUGUUUAUACCUAAACGUUUGAUGAAAGCGCGCAAUGAAUUUCAGAACAAAUCGUAAAAGCGGUUUGUAUUUUCUCUAUGAUUCGUGAAGACCUAUCAAACUAUACGUGUUGAGAGGCGAAUAAAUUGUAUUGGUCGUUUAAAAAAAUUCACAUCUGUGUGGUACUCUUCGGAGGAGAGAUCGAAUGAUAAAAUCAAGGUGAUUCAGUCGGUGUAUCAUUUUUACUUUAACGCAUCCGUUGUAACGCGCACUCAUGUAAUUUUAAAAUCGUUUUUAAAAUAUAAUUAUGGAGGGUAGAACUAAGAAGCACCGUCUUGUAUAGGGGACAAGUUGAUAAAGUGUCCGCCUGUAAAUAGCAAGUUGUUGUUGGUAGACUCACCGAAAUAGCGCUAGUGUAGGAAGUGGAAAUUAUAUGAUUAAUUAAUAUUUUUCGUGAUUUAUGUAACUACAAAAUAUGCAGUAGGUUUUUAAAAUAUGAACUAUUUAUUUUUAUUACUAUUCUCGUAGGAAGUGUUUCUUACCAAUCUUAAUUUAGUAGCCUACUCUAAUAGCAGUUUAUGACACUGUGUUUUAAAUCCUUCCACUUGCUACAGUGGCGCCAUCUUAAUUUGCUCCUUUUCAGCGAACACUUUUUAAUACACGGAGAUUGUGCUUAGUUCAACCCUCCAUAAACUUAUUGUACAGUCUGGUUGACGUAUCACUGAUUGAGUUCAUUUUUUUUUUUGCGCUGUCACCGUUGGACUAACAAAGGGAAUGUAGCCCAUACGGCCAACUCUUAUAUAUUUAAGCCGAAUUCAUCGUGUGCUUUCGCUAAAAAGUCAACUGAUAUUGAAUGCAAUAAAUAAAACAAAAAAAUGUCAGUAAAACGGUGUAAUUUGAGAAGGCCAUAACGAGGGAUGAAAGACUAUUUAUUUUGUUUUAAGUGAAUUUUCGUUUAAUAGGCGACAUUUAUCUUUAUAAUUAAAGGUUUGUUUUAUUUAUUACUAGUAUCAACGAUUCGAUGUUUUUGAUUGAACUUCAAUUAUGUUUACCACACUUAAAUAGCUGAAGUUUUUUGUCACAAUAUUUUUUCCAAACCUUGUCACGAAUGUCGCUUAUACCAAAUAUCCUUUCACCCGUCGAAAUAUUAAAUUUGCGUAAUAAAAUAAAUCUAACAUGAAUUUCUUUCCCGCCAUAAUUGUAUACGUCAAAAUUGACACAUAAACCAGACGUCAACAGUAGGGUAGUCUGUAAUAUAGAUAAUAUGAUAGUGUAAGGAAUAUUGGCGCGUUUUUUUUAAAUUUUGUUUCUAUUGAACUCAAUCAGCGAUGUGUAUUUUUAUAUUAAAAUGUUUGUGUAUCGGAUAUCGUAUGUAGUUAUGAUGUAAUUAAAUAAGAAUUUUUAAUGUAAAUAUAUUUUUGUAAAAUGUUACAUUUUUUAUUAUUAAUAAUAAAAACAAGUUUUUUUUUAGAACUGU